UGCAGAACGUUCAGAUUUACAGAGGAAAGCUUUUCAAUGUCAUCUCGAUCAAUGGGAUACUGUAAGCCUUGUGGACUUCUUUGCAGUUGCAAGUGUAUUCAAUGUUGAAAUGUAUGUCAAAAAGGGAAAAGAAUAUAAUCUAUUCCUUCCUACCUGCAGUAGUUUCUCUAAGACAUUUUCCUCUCCUAUCUACCUUGAGCAAGCUUCCAGCGACCUGUUGGUUCCUUUACAAAAUUGCAAUAACUGUUCAUGUGUUUGUCGAGAACCAGUUAUCUCCGGCCGAUUACCAGUUUACCAGGAGAUGAUCGAAGAUUUUGUCAUGAAAAGACUUGCAUUGGAACCAUGUUGUCCUGUUGGAAGACACGGUACUCAUAAACACUUCUCUACAAUCAAAGAUUCCCAAAUUGUCCCCAACGACCAAAUUUCCUCUUAUCAGAGUCCUUUGGAUAGACACGUAGAAAAGGUUAUCGAAGUGUUGGAUACACAAGGAAGAAAACUUGAUCAAAUAAAUGGUGGCAAAGGUUCCCUAGAGCAAUGCCUAAGCAGAGAAAUUUUUGGAGAUGAGAAUAAAAUUUCAUUCCUUAAGUCAAGGUUUUGUUUGGGAGAGGCAAUGACUCCAGAAGAAAUCUUGGCUGUCAUUGCGAAUUCAACAGAAAAACCGGUUUUUGUAUUUAAGUAUUAUCCAGAAAAUUAUUCAUGGAUCUUGACUGUGCCUGACUCAACAACUUCUGGGGAUGGCUGCUGUCGAUAUUACAUCACAAUUUUCUACAAUGGACUUACCAAAUAUUUUGACAGAAUUGUUGCCAAAAAUGGAUGCAACUGUAAAUUACCUUCACCUGCAGUUGAUAUCAGAACUAAAAUAGAUUUGAAAAGAGAUGAAAAGAAAAUCCUCGUUUCAAACAGACAUAGACCACUCUUGACGUUUCUUUCCGAUGAUGUAAUUAUAAGCGAAGCCUUGUUUAUUGACGAAGUUCGACGUGUACCGAAAGUAUUUUCAAGAUAUUCAGAAAUUCCCAUCAUAAUGAGUCGCAACGAUAUGCAGGAUAAAGAAAUUGAUUUUAUGUCCGAUUAUAGUUACUCUUUGUGUAGAUGUGUAAGCAAGGAAAUUUUUGGAACUGAAAAUGAGUUUCAACUUAUAAUGAAAGAACUUGUGAACGAAAUUUGUGAAAAUCCUCAUUUAUAUGGUAAAUUUAUGAGAUUGGACAAAGAUGAAACGGAAGAUAAUGAACUCCAUAAGAAUUUUACAUCAAGAAGAAGAACGAAAUGGGAUUUUGUCAUGGGGCAGGCUGAAAAAAAGCAAGCAGUUUAUUAUGCUAAUCGAAUAAGGGAUGGAAUGGAAAUGGAAGACUUAGAACUCCUUGCAAUAGCCACUCGCUUCCAGGUUCCAGUUUUUGUUAUCUGUGUUGAAGAAGAGAAAGGACAAAUUUCUACAUCUUGGAAGGAAUUUACACAGCUGAAAAGAAAGCACAGACCGAAACACAUUAGAGAAAUUGCACGAGAACAUUGUUGCAAUAUGGGUAGCGAUGGCUCAAGCAAUUUUUUUGUAAUGGUGUACAGAACCUUUUCAGGCCAAUUUCAUCGAAUAGUUUCCAAAGAUAUGAUCUGCAAUUGUUUGAUAGACCACCCUAAUGUUCCGAAGAUUGAAUACCACAAACCAGCCAGAGCAGAUAAAAAUAUCUUUGCCAAAAUGAGGAGUAUAGAGAACAGGCUUACUGUAACACGGUUAGCACUUGACAAUUGGAUACGAUGUAACAUGGCGCUUGAACUUCUUUGCACAGAAAUCAUCGAUGGGUUAGAAUGCAGAAGAAAAAAUGUCAAUAUUGCAUCAAUCGUUGGGUCUUCUGUGGGUCUUGUUGGGGCCGCCCUUGCUGUUGGUGGACUUAUAGCUGCUCCGUUCACAGCAGGGGUGUCACUUGGUCUCACAAUUGCUGGUGGAGUUGUAGGAGGAGUGGGAGGUUUCACGUCAGCGGGAUCAAAGAUUUCCGAGUUCAUUUUGAAUAAAGAGACCGUCUCCCAAAUGGAAAGAUAUCAGAUGAAUUUACGAGAACGAUCACGAAACCUCGAAAAAUCCAUCAAAGCUGUUGAAAAAGAAUUCAAAGAGCUUUUAACGGCUAAAGAUUACGUUGAAUGCAUGGAUAACAACUCCUUAGAACUAGCUACCUCUGCACUUAGAUCGCUCACCGUUGUCCCAGUGGUUUUGCUUCGAAUUAUUGCAAGGGCCAUUACUCUUGGAGAUAUGAUUAUCGUUCCACUUUCUGCUCUCCUCGAUGCAGGAAUUCUAGUAUUUUCCAUACAUAAUCUUGUUAAAGGGUGUCGAACAAGAGAAACAGAAAGGUUAAGGACAAUUCGUACCAUACUUAAAGUUACAAGAGUACAAAUGCAAAUAUGGGGUUACGGAAACCAGAAAAAAUGGGAAAAGAAUACAAAUGAAAUUCCUAAAAUUUCCGAAAGCUAGUAACAGUGUCGA